UCAGUGACGGUGAUGUGGAUUUAUGGAUUUAUGGAGCACAGCUGUUGAGCGGCUGACAGACGCGUGGAGCCGAGGCGGAGCUGCGCGUGGAGCUGCGCGUGUUUCCCCGCACAGCUCGAGCUCUGGCCGGCGCUGGGAGCAGGACCGCCGCGUCUCCACACAUACCGAUUUGGUGUCUGGAUCGUGUAUAUGAGCAGUUUCCUAGCGGUUCACAAGAGCGGUUCAGAAAGUUACCCGUCACUGCCGCGGACACAGUUUCUCUCAGCCAGCUGCUACGGAUCGCACGCUAGAAGAUAAGCUUCAUUUCCAUACCCUCCUCCUCCGAUCCCCAUCCAACAGAUGGUACGGGAGCAGUACGUCACCACCACGCAGGGCAGCAGCUCGCCCAGUCAGAUGCCUGACCAUGAAUACAAGAUUGGGAUCUACGGAUGGAGGAAGCGCUGCCUCUACCUGUUUGUGCUGCUGCUUAUCGUCAUCCUGGUCGUCAACUUUGCCCUCACCAUAUGGAUCCUCCGGGUGAUGGGGUUCAACACGGAAGGAAUGGGACUCUUACAAGUGCACUCUGAUGGGGUCAGACUGCAGGACGGGGAAUCUGAGUUUCUGUUCCCAGUCUACGCUGAAGAGAUCCACUCCAGAGAGGACUCUUCCCUUGUAGUGCACUCAUCUGAAAAUGUUUCCCUUAAUGCCCGCAAUGAAAAUGGCGAUGUCACAGGGAGGAUAUCUGUGGGUCCAAACGAGGCUCAGGGACACACUCCAAAUCUGCUUCUUAACUCCCACAAUGACAAUAUGCUGUUCAGCGCAAACGGCAGCCAGGUGGUGAUUGGUCCAGACAAACUACGAGUUACAGGUCCGGAGGGAGCGCUGUUCCAGCACUCGGUGGAGGUGCCUCAGCUGAAAUCAGAACUUUACAAAGACCUCAAGUUGGAGUGCCCCACCCGUGCUCUGACUAUGGACGCACCGAAAGGAGUUCACUUGAAAGCUUCGGCAGGACACAUUGAAGCUGCUUCCAAGAUGGAUGUUAUCCUGCAGUCGAGUGUCGGGCUGCUGGUGCUGGAUGCUGAAACGGUGCGCAUGCCGAACCUGCCCAUGGGCCAGGAAGGGGUUUCUGGAAGUUCUCAGGAUCUCUACGAGGUCUGUGUCUGUCCCAGCGGAAAGCUCUUCCUGUCCAAGGCUGGAAGAACGUCCACUUGCAGCGAUAGUCAGGAGUGCUAGAUAUAGACUCUUGAUACAGUCAUCAACUUUCCAAGUCUUGGAAGAUGCAUCUUCUGGGAGCAACGAGCACAACCGUUUAUACGGAGCAAACAUGUCUCUUUUCCCUUUUCCUUUGCCUGUUUUUUAAUCUCUGUAUGAGUGGAUUUGUAAUAAUCUCACUACCCCAUCAAAGCUUGUGAAAAUUUUAAAUGCCUGCUGGCAUUCAUGCCUGAGUUGUGCUGAAAUGCAUCCUUUUACAGUUGCAAUCAUGGAUUUUUACUAUUAAACCUAAACAAAUCGCUCAGUUUAACACAUGCCUUCAUCAGAGCUUUGUGGAGUUUUUUUAAUUUUUUUUUUUACAUAGUGUGAUGGCUGGGCAAUGAGGAGCUGGUAACAGCUUACAUCCUAUGCAAUAUUAUCUUGUGGUGCAAUAAAUUAGAUUAAAUGAACAUGUACUGUAUCAAGGACUUGGAAGGCCAAGUAUAAAUCUUUCAGACUAGGACAGGUUUUUAUAAUGAACAUUGCUUAGAGUUUAUGCGAGGCUUUCUGGCUUUUUGGCUCCAAGCCCUUGGUAUAUGGUACUCUUGUUUUGAUGUUUUUUGCAUGUCUUUAGUUAACUAAAGAGGGAAAGGAAAAAUGUUGGUCUUUAUUAUUGCCAAUUCAGAAGUUUUGUCGGAUUUUAUUCCCCUUUAUUUCAAACUCAAAUUCAGAUACAACCCUAGUAGCACUCCUGCUUUGUUCAACUGCUUUUCAGAUUUGAGAUUAAAAGUACAUGUCAUUGUCAUAUUACUAUUCCAGUACCACUUGUGGUAAAUCUUCUUUCCAUUUUUAAACUAAAUAUGUUUGAUCUUUUAUUUUAGACCUCUUCAUAAGUGUGUCAUUACGAGAGAGGUUGUUAUUCAUGCUGCUCUGUGUGUUUAAUAAUCUCACUUUCAUUUCUGAUUUGCUCUUGCCCUUUGUAUCAAACUUGUCUUGUAUUGGUUUUACUUGAACACAAUAUGCAAAACAGGUGUUUAACAUUCACCUUCACUGUAGGAGUGGAUUUCCUAGUCAAUCAUUUCUAAAAGGACAGUCAUUUGUAAGGGCAGUUUUUUUAUUUUUAACUUUUACAUCACAUGACUGUUUUUAACAUUUUUAUUGUGUUGUGGUGUUGUGAUAUCAGUGUAACAGUUGAUAAUGCAGAUCUUACCACAGGCUGGGCAUAUUUGAUGGUGUGUAAUGUAUAUUUGUUUCUUAUUUUUUAAAUUUCUGAAUAAACUUUGUUUUAUUCUUUGA